AUGGCACGUCAAUUCCUUGUUGUUUUUGCCCUCGCUUUGGUGGCUGUUGCCGCUUUUGUUUCCGCUGAUCAGCAGUCUCCCAAAGCUGCUCCAACCGGACAGCCGACCACCGCACCCCCGCCUAAUAAUAAUAACAAGCCCUCACCUCCACAACAGUCACAGCAAAAUCCCCCAGCUAGCCAACCCCAACAAACACCACCUCCCACUACUUCCUCCGAAGCCCCCAAGGCCUCCCCCACCGCUAAGGCCCCCACCUCAACCCCACCCACAUCUUCCUCCAAGGCUCCCUCCAAGACCCCAUCUUCCAAGGCCCCAUCCUCCUCCACCUCAGAAGAAUCCGCCAGCCCACCCUCCACCAAAGUCGAUGAGCCCUCCACCCCACCGUCUCCUUCCACUACUGAUGAAGCCGCUACUGCACCCACUGCCACUGCUCCCACCGACGCAGCAUCCGGUGCUGGUGCUCUUGAGGUCUCAGCUGUUGCUGGUGUCGCCGCUGCUGCCGGCUUCCUCUUCUUCUAA